CCACAAGUGAAAGAGAGAUGUUGCUAUAUGGAAAUUAGUUAUAACGUCAGGAGAAUGAAAUACACAGCUUGCUGGGGGAAUUUUUUUUUUUUUGCCUAACUCUGAAGAUCUUUGUAUUUAAUAUACACUCAAGAGAAAUGGAUCUGAUGGAGGUGUUCGUUAUGGCCCUUUCCCUAAUGGCGGUCAGAGAAGUCAAAGCCAAGCCAAGCGAACCUCCUGCUCUCAGAAAUACCAGCAACAACACCACAACUGCAAAACCAGAAAUUCAAAAAUUACGUCUGAUGGAUGGAGGAAGCAACUGUUCUGGCAGAGUCGAGUUGGAAGUCAUGGGUACCUGGGGCACUGUAUGCGAUGACAAUUGGGACCUGGUUGAUGCUGAAGUUGUGUGUCAGCAACUUGGUUGUGGUUCAGCCUUUCGGGCUCUCAGUGGCUCUCAUUUCCCAAAGGGGACAGGACCCAUCCAUUUGGAUGAAGUGAAAUGCCUGGGAGAUGAACAGUAUCUAUGGGACUGUCUGUCUAAUAGGAGCCAUGAUUGUGGACACAAGGAAGAUGCUGGUGUGAUUUGUUUAGACUCACUAGACUUCCGAACGGUUACAGAUACAACAGAAAGAGAAACUGUGACUUCAGUCUCCCAUCUACCCAGUCUCUCUUUUACAACUCCUGAAGUCAUGAAAACAACAUCAACCCAUUGGAACCUGCGGAUCACCUGCAUCGUUCUGGGUUUUCUCCUUUUUCUGAGCAUUUUGAUUAUUAUUAUUAUCCUUCUGCUGAACAGACAGAAGAAAAAUGAUUGUGUUAUUUCCUCUGCUCCAGUAUCUGUCCCCGUCCUGAUGAAUCACACCAUGCAGAAGUCAACCACUGAAGGGAAUGUCUCCCGGAGCCUCCACAAAAUAGAAGAGGUGACCCCUUCACCAGCCCAUGAAGACUCUGAUUCUGAUUAUGAAGACUAUGAUUUCAGCAAGAAGCCCCCUGUGCCUCUCUCUAAUUUCUACACUUCUCUUCACUAUCAAGCAACUGGUGACCAAGUUUCACCACCCCACAAUUUCCCCAAGCUGACAAUGCGCCAAGAGACCAAGCAUCCCAAGGAUUAUCGACAACAGGAUCCCACAGCUGAAGACAGUGACAGCACAUCUUCAGGAGAUGCAGACUGGUAUGAGAAUAUCCACAAACCACAGCAACACGUGGAACAACAAAGAGAUGAACCUUCCUUUGCAGGUGAAGAAUGGAUGUCUUAAAAACAGGCUUGACAGUUUUUGCCAAACCUUGGUCAAAUGGCUUGACUGGCUCUGGAAAUGAUUCAUCUGACAGCAGUUAACAUCAUAACAUGUGAUCCUAAGGACCUGGGCUGCUGAAGGGAGACAGCUAGAUGCUUGGCCUCUCCUACAGAAAUGGCUAAGGUUGGCAACAAUAAACUGAGAACUGAGAGAGACCAUUUCCCACAUUUUCAGCCUUGAGGACUCCGCAUUGAAGAAACAGAUCAGAGGAUCUCAGGGUCUUCAGCAACUGCAAAGGCACAUCAACGGUCAUUUCCCUCUCUGAUUCAGUGAGAAAUAUACCACCUUUAUAAAGACACAUAUAUCUAUCCUGUCCUACUCCUGUGGGUAAUUACGAUUAGCACUGAGCCCUGGAUUUGAUUCCCCUCAUUUGAUUUUGUUUUGUCAUACAGUGAGGUGCCAUCAAAGCAAGAUUCAAUUUCAAAAUACUAUGUAAGCCCUGUGAGCAGAAUGUUCCAGCCACAACACCUUGUUAGGAUGCUGUUGCUGCCUUUUGAGAACCUGUCUUCCAGGAGCCAAGAGGCCAGUUUUGUCCUUGAGGAAAUUGUUAGCUUAAAGACCUGAGACUGCUUACAGAUUUCUGGGGGAGCAAUGGGAUUCUCUCAUGGAUGAAAUGAGAUGCCAGGGCUGCUUCUCUUGAAGAAAGUUUGACUGUCUCUUAAAAAAUUCUGAAAGGAGGGUAUAGGUGUUUUACAUUGAAGCCCUGGAAUAGAUACAUUAUAAAAUGCCAGACAUGUAUGGCAGGAAUUGUCAGCCAUUCAAAAUAUGUAUAUCAGUGCAUGCAAAAUUGCCCUACCUUGUAUAAGAUCUUUUACUAUGUUUGGGCUGUUAUCUUCCCAGAUUUUCCUAUGUUCUAAUCAGAAGAAGGGAAAGAUCAAAGAACUCUAUAGUUAAGCACCUUAUGGCUAAAGUGAAGGCUAUCAGUAAAGAAAGUGUAGGAUGCUUUCAAAUCUGGUUUGUGCAUCUGGGAGAGAGGCAGAGCAAGUGUGUCAUUGGGUUUCCCUAUUUAUAGAAUUGUAAGGUAGAGAUCCAGACACCAACUCUCCUAUGUUUCCCUACCUCUUGUUCUACUAAGGAGGGAGACACAGGUUGUUUAGUCCAUCUCUUUUUAUUGGUAGCUCUGGUCAACUUGGAAAUGUCCUAAGUGUCUUACUGGCCCAUCGAACAAAACUAGAGCUAUCAUGUCUCAUCUACAAAAUCUAGAAAACCACUAAAUGAGAGCAAGGAAAGUUUUAUGUUUUUUUGAUGCCAUUUUAGUGUCAUAUGGAUUGUUGCAGCCAAAAUAUAAUUUGUCUGGCUUUGGCCUGGUAUCUUAUCUGCUCUGUAACCUUUGCCAUUAUGGCUUGGAAAGGAUGGUUUGUGGUUUGAUGUACUGCAAGAACUAGUCUAUGUUGGUUAAUUCAAUAUUUAGACCAAUUAUGACUUAGCAUGCUAUGCCAAAGUAAUUAUAAUAUGGAAAACUUUCUUUUUGUUCUUGUGUACAGGAAAUGGGUAGUGAUGUUCAGUCCCUUCAUAGCAAUAUCAUUGUUCUCCUCUGGGAUGCCUCUGACAUGUGUGUAGCUCUAUGAUUUCAUGAGCUGGAAGUAAGACAAAACACUGUUCAAAAAGCAUUUGUUUGAAUGUCAAGCUUGAAGCCUCUCAAAACAGAGUAAGGUGCACCGUUGCUAGAACAGAAAGACUCUAAUGACAUAAGCAUAAUAUAUAUCUAAAGGAAACUGUAUGUAUUCUUAUUACUCAUUCUUGCAGCAUGACCUAGGUUGCUGCAUUUGUGUAAUAAUCUGACAAGAGAGAAAGAGAGAAAAUUUUGCCUUGGGUUUGGGUGUCUUUUUUUUAAAUGUCCCUUAUAUCAGAUUUUGCAAGAAGACACUGAGACCUCAAAUAGAAUGUUGCAAUAUGAUUGGCACCUGGAUUUAUUCUAUUUUCUCACCCCUAAUUACAUACUUCCUGAUCUUACCCUAGCACUUUUUUUUUACCACGAAGCAUGUUCUUUCUUCAUUGGACUGAUCUGAACACCAAUGAUGGGAUUUAGCCAUUUUGCACCAGUUCGGCAGAACCGAUAACUAAUUUUUUUGUUGCCCAGGCCCAGAAUGGACUUCUGGAAGUGUCAUCCAUGCAGAGAACCAGUUGUUCACAUAUUUCAAUCCCACCACUGCUAAACACCCCGGAGUAACAUAUGCAUGUUGAUUGAUUAUGCACCAUAAAGUUGGCAUUGACUCUUAGCAACAACACAGGCAGAUGUUCUUUAUGAUGAUCUGUCCUAACCUGCUGCUUCAGGUCUUCCACCAGUGUAUCUAUCCCCUCUAUAACUAAAUCCGUCCACAUUACUGCUAGUCAUCCUUUCCCCUUCCACCUGUAUUCCUAGCCUUUUUCCAAGAACUGGGUUUCUGCAUAAAGUGUCCAAAGUAGGAUAAUUUGAGCCUGGUCAUUUGUGCCUUAAAUGAGAACUCUGAACUAAUUUACUCAAUGAUCCAAUUGUUGAUUUCCUUAGCUGUUCACGGUGUUUUCAAGAAUCAUUUUCAAUACCUAGUUCAAGAGUGUCAAUACUGUUUCUAUCCUGUUUCAUUAAAGUCUGGGCUAUGCAUUAGUAGGGCAAGUAUUCCUUUCAGGGUCACAGCUUGAGAGUUGACCAUAAACAGAAUGGAGGACAGAAAAACAGCAUGAUUUCCUAGUAGUCCUGGUGCUUCUAGGCACCUCCCUUGAUGCCCAAUAGAUCCAUGCACCAAAUAACAAAACAUUCAAAUAUACAUAGGUACAUACAUACCGGUACAUACACUAGACCAGAGGUCUGCAACCUUGACAACUUUAAGACAUGUGGACUUCAGUUCCCAGAAUUCUGGGAACUGAAGUCUGCAAGUCUUAAAGUUGUCAAGGUUGCAGACCCCUGCAAUAGACAAAACAAAACGCUGGCAUUAUAUUUAUUUCCACCAAUACUUUUCGGCCUCCCAAAAUUCUGGCUGCUAAGUCAGUGUAUGAGUAAGAGGUAGUUUAGGUUUGGCCAUCUCCAUCACUGAAGCCAUUUUAUGGCAGCCAUUUUGUGUGCCCAUCCCCUGCAUGCUGUCAAACUGCCCACCAGCCCAAAAAAGGUUAGUCCGAUCUGGGAUGGAUGAAGUGCUCUGAUGUCUUCCUUGUGGUCUUCUUAGAGGUUUCUAUGGUAAACAGGAUAGUAGACUUGAGAAGUCUUUGAUCUGACCCAGUCAUCUUUUUCUUAUAUUUUUUCCCCCAAUCUAAAUGUUAAGGGAUUGUAAAUGAUUGGCAGGAAGAGUUACUUCAAAGGAAAGGGAUGUUCUGUAACACCAGAAGAUUGGAGACUCUGAAGACAUGGAGUGAAUAUUGAGUCAGUAGAGAUCUAUAUAUUUUUUCAAUAGUGAUGCCCUAAAGGGAGCUCAUAUUUUAUCACCCAGCAGAAGUACUGUGGUGUCUUACAAUAUAAUAAUAUGCACAUCACCUCUCAAUUGCAGCUUAUUUAUAUAGAAAAAUCACCUUUUUCCCCUACAAAGAGAGAAAGAACCUCUACCAGUUCAGCCCUUUGAGUUGAUACCUAAAAAAGAUUUGUACAAUUCAGAUGAAACCAAUCCAAAUGUUGUACAAUAAUUCAAUGGAGAAAACUGAACAAAACAAUCUUUGGGACUCAAAACAGUUCUCCCCUGGCUAAGGUUUAACAAUCUCCAAAAGGGAAGUUAGAAUGUGUUGGCAAUUUACGAUUUUAGACAUGAUUCCGGCAUACCAAUUUAGUGUACUUGGAACAACUCCACCUUGAAGAAAUUCAGGGUCUAUUUUGUUGGCUUCUUUGAUAUUUUGGAUUUGGGAACAAAAGAUACCUCGGUGAAGAAAACAAACCAACACUGGGGGGUGGAGAUGACUGCACUAAAGAGUUUUAGAAAUAUGUUUUGUUCAUUUUCCCUUGUGUUCCAAAGCAACUUUUCCCAACUGUUUUCAAACUGCUGCAGUACUACUGUACUGGUCAAUCAUUAAAAAAUAACAGCCAGAGACGCUGUUGGAGCAAAGUAUGAAUAAUGUGCAUAAUGUUGUGAAAAAUGGGUAGAGAAAAUGAUGCCUUUUUAUGUUGUUUUUAUUGGUUGCUCUGAGCGGCCUAGGGUUACCGUGUGAAGUGAGCAGCCACAUCUGUUCUUUAAAUAAAUCAAAUCA